GAAGAAAAAAAAUUGUCCGACAAGAAAAUAUUGGGCUACAAUAAAAGACGAAGAGUAAGGGUUUUCAGCAGAAGAAAGAAACUCAUAAAGGUUUGGAAACUCUUGAGGAACAGUAAAUAGCUCGGGCCCCUGAUGAUUGGGGCUUGUGUGGUCUCUAAACAUUGUCCCUGCCCAGAGCCCCAACACACACACACACACUCUCAGCACUAAGAUGUCACACCUUUCCAACAGCACAGUGCGAGAUCACAUGAAAUGGGCUGGGUUGCUGGGCUGUGAAGCAGUGCUGUCCAGCAUGGCACUCAUGCAGGCCGGCUCAAUGCCCAGCCAUAGGAAGAUGAGAGAAAACAACCACAAUCAGGACACACACAGCCAACAAACACACAUGGUCCUGCCCUCUGGAGUCAGCUGUCCACCACUGCUCAUCCGCAAAGACCGAGAGUUUCACUCGUCCAGGCUUUUGGAUGAAAAGGAUCUGCAAACCAGCCAGAACGUGCAGCCAAAGAAAAAGAACAGGAAGUCUGGACUUCCCACCAGAAUGAGAGAGAAACCCCAGGCAUCCAUUGAAGUGGAGGUUCCUGAUGAUCACGAUGAUCACUCACUCGGCUCUCAAGUGCAGAAGAAUUUCAUAUGCGAGCACUGCUAUAGUGCUUUCCGCAGUAGUUACCAUCUCAAACGACACAUUCUCACUCAUACGGGGGAAAAGCCAUUUGGUUGUGAUAUGUGUGAAAUGAGGUUUAUCCAGCGCUACCAUCUGGAGAGACACAAGCGUGUUCACAGCGGUGAGAAGCCUUAUCAGUGUGACCGCUGCCAACAGAACUUUUCCAGAACCGACCGGUUACUGCGGCAUCGACGUUUGUGUGCUGUGGGCGUCCCUAAAGAGGAGAACCAGCCGUGCUGUGAGGGACGGUCGUAUUCUCAGGACCCGUCCCAGCACGCGGCAUCCUGGAGCCCACUGCAGACAAACAACAGCAGGCUGGCGGUGUGAUAGCCUGUUCAAUCGCUCAUAGCAAACACAAUGGACUCCAACGUGACUCGACUGGGGGUCUGAGCCUAUAAACUGUUUAAAGACUCCAACACCCCAGUGGACUCUUUUAUACCGGCUAGAUUCUGGAAAAUAGCGUAUUUUGUAUUUUAGAUGGUACUGUGAUGAGCGAACGGGUUAGUUGUGCAUUCAGUCCAGACAAAUAAUGGCAUCUGGUAGAGUAGAGUUAGUUCAUUCUGUAGCUCCUGUGCAGAACUGUAGAUUGUCGUGAUUAUCUCGAUGCUCAGUGAACUUUUGCAUAUGAAACCCGAAAAGUCCAAAAGUGACAAUUCAUUACUUCAUUGAUCAUUAUUUACUCCCCCGAUCUUGUUUGAGUUUCUUGCUAUUGUUGAAUGUUGGAAACCAAAUGCCAUUGAUUAUGUAAAUCAAUGUCAACAACAAUGCUGGGUUGUUAAAACCCAUUUCUGGGUCAAAUAUGGACAAACAUAACGGUUGGGUUAAUAAGUGCAUUUUAAAUAUAACUGGAAAAAUUGGGUUACAACAAUCAUUGACAUUUUUCUAAAAAUCCUAUUUUGUGUGUUACAAACACAAAGUGCAACUCGUAAAGGGUUGAACCACUUGAGAGUGAGUAAAUAGGGAGUAAAUUUUGAUUCUUGGUCGAACUAUUGCUUUAAGGGCACGCUUGGAGUUUCCACAUGAGACUGAAAAAAGUUGGUCAUCCAAACAAAACAAAACAAUAGUGAAUUAUGCCUGCGUAAUACCUUACACAUCUCUGGAUUUUGAUAAUAGAUAACAAACUUUUGUAGCCCCCCUAAAUAUCACUGGAUUUACACUGUCACAGCAUCCUUUCGAUUUGAAUCUGUUUACAACUGGAGCUGUUGCACGUGGCCUUUUCAAACUGAGAAAUUAGCUUAGUGACAGUAGACACAUUGUGAUUUUAGACCAGGGGUGUCGAACUCAGGUCCUGGAGUGUCGCAAUCCUGCACAGUUCAGUUCCAUCCCUGCUUUAACACACUUACCUGAAGGUUUAAAACAAGCCUAGUUUGAACAGGUGUGUUUAAUUAGGGUUAAAGCUAAACUGUGCAGAGCUGUGGCCCUCCAAGAAUUGAGUUUGACACCUGCUUUAGACGUUUUCUCAACGUGCACAUCAAUUAAUCAAUUCUUGUUUUUCGAGGAGUAAAUUCUCAAUCAAGAAAUAUUUCAUCCUAAAAUGAAAGUUUAGCUCAUCUUUAUGGUGAAUAUGUGCCGUCAAAGUACAAACAGCUGAUAAAAAUAAUCCGCACUGCUCCUGUCCAUUAAUCAAUGUCUUGUGAACUGAAAAGCUGCAUAUUUGUAGUAAAGAUGAUAGGAUGUUUUUGACUUCAAAUCGUUGCUUCCAGGUUAAAAUAUAGUUGCUUUUCCACUAUCGGUUCUGUUUGCUUAACCCCGUACCAUUCCGUGCAGAUCUGGUUCAGUUAGCACUGAAACCCUUUCAAUUUCCACUGUCGUGAUGAUGAAAUGGAGCCAGCUGAAAUUUAAUGCUUGUGCAUCAGUGCCUUAGGUAACGCAAGUGUAAUGUAAACAUCGAUAUGGAGGAAGAUCAGAUAUUUCUGUUUUAGGACAAAUUUUUUUCUGAAAUUUACUUUCUUAAAUAGGAAUAAAUAAAUAAAUAGUGUUCUUCUACCUAGCCAGGUAUGGAGAAACCGCCUGCUAGGCAAUAGAGUGGCAACUUUAUGCACUCUACACUUCCAGUGCAGUUCAGCAUGAUUAUCUAACCAUGCCUAGAUUUCCAGCCCAAGAUUUAUAGUCGGCACCAAUAAUCGAAAAAUAGCACUGAGGUGUUCACGGCGACCCGAGUUUGAUUCC